GACACCUCUGACAGAGGAACUCGGCUCUCGGUCUCUCUCGUCUAGGCCGCAACAUGCACCUCUCGCUACGCCUCGGACACGCCUAAUUUUUCUAGGCGCGAGCGUGUCGCCGCAGAUUCGCGGGCGCAAAAACACCGACGUGCCAAGCGCGAAGUUCCAUUCAUUCCGCCGCCCGCCGCUCCGCGCCGGCUGCGGUACCAUUGAUCCCGGUGAGCACCUGAUCCUGACAGGAUCCUCGCCUUGCGAAUCGGCGAACCCUCGCUCUCCGUGCUCUACCAUUGUGCGUUAUCAGAGUGCGGUUGAUCGAGAUGAGUCUCGGCGACAUGGUGGAAGCGCGGCUCGCCCGACGGUUUCGCGAACGGCUGUCGGCGAGUCGGCUGUGACCGAAGUGUGCGAGUUGAUUUUGGCCGCCGUGUUCGUGUUUGCUGCUCGUUCCCCGUCAACGGUUGCACGUGCAGUCGGGACUCGAUGCAACAGGGGUUUGUAGAAGCCAAUGAGGAAACAACUCGCCCGCAAUUCAACAGUGACUGCUGAUCGAGGAAACAUCCAACCGACAGGCCGCAGCCGAUUGCAAUUUGUCGCAACGCGCGGCGGUUUAACGCGCGGUGAAAAAUGACGUAGGGAGGCGGACGAGGCGCGGGGAGACCAGCGUGCGCGCUCACCGGAAGCUGCAGCGAGAUGCGUCGACAGUGAGGCCGAGAGCGAAAAUCUGUCAAGAUGCAUCAUCCUCUCGUCCUUCCUUUUUUGCUGCUAUCUUUAACGUGUGCCGUUAGAUUUGGCAGCGGUCAUCUCAUAGAUGGGAUCUUCACGGAACCGACUUUGGAGCCGGGCUACAAUCUGGUGGCGGUGGUCCCGCGUGGCGCCUUGGCAUUGAACGUGACCGAACUCCGUCACACGCAGAACUAUCUCGCGAUCAGACUGCAGGAUGGCAGCUAUUUGUUGAACGGCAAUUACAAUAUCAACUGGUCCGGCGAAUACAAGGCGGCCGGAACGACGUUCGUCUAUCUUCGUCAAGGCCCUCACAAUUUGGAGAGCUUUUCCGCCGCGGGUCCGUUGCAGGAGUCGAUAGACGUUAUGGUAUUGUAUCAGGAGCCGAACCCUGGAAUCGUUUAUCGAUACGUAAUUCCCGGAAACGCAAAUCUGCAGCGCAACAGUCAUCUCGCGCAUAACGCAGUUACCAAUAAAGACGUCGAGCCGGGCUUGCAAAACAGAAGGAUCGAGAACGGACCCGCGCUGGUCGACGUAACAGCGGCGCCGUAUCUGCCGCGGCGUUAUAGGAGAAGAAAAUUCAGCUGGAGGGCGAUCGGUUACAGCGAGUGCAGCAAGUCCUGCGGCGGAGGUGUCCAGGUGCUCAGGCACGCGUGCAUCAAAGAGCACACGCAGCAGCAGGUACCGGAGAAGAGGUGCCACGCGCUGGAGAAGCCACGGGAGGUUCGUCUCAGGUGCAACGCCAGGCCGUGUCUACUCAGGUGGCGCGGCGGACCAUGGAGCGAGUGUUCCACUUCCUGCGGCACGGGAGUGCGCACACGGGAGCUCGAGUGUGUCCAAGAGGUGAAACCGUCGUUGACGAUGCGGGUCGCCGACAGUGCCUGCAUGGAACCGGCGGAUCUGCCGACGAGAGAGGUGUGCGAGAUGCCGGCGUGCCACGAGGAGACCAGGCAAACGUCGACGCCGACGUCAUCGCCGGCGCCGCGAUGGACCGUGGGCGUUUGGUCACAGUGCUCCGCGUCCUGCGGCGUGGGAAGAAGGUCGAGGAUCGUGACUUGCGUCACACUAGGCGCACCCUGCGAGCUCUCGGAGAAACCUGAAGCCUACGAAAGCUGCGACUUGGGGCCGUGUCUGGUGAAGUCGACGCCAUUGAACAUCGUCUCCGCGAAGCUGCAGAGCCCGCAGUGGUUGUUCACCGAGUGGUCUGACCAGUGCUCGGCGGAAUGCGGAGUUGGGGUUCAGACUAGAAGAGUUUUGUGCGAGACAAGCACGGACGAGGAGCGUUGCGACGAGUCGAGUCGACCUGAGACCUCCAGGGAUUGCUCCAGCAACAGGACGUGCAGCGGUCAAUGGUUCACGGGACCUUGGACGGAGUGCUCCUCCAGCUGCGAUUUGGGCGAACAAAUCAGAGAUGUGGUUUGCGUGACGACUCUCCGUGGUUCUCUGCGCGUCGUCCUGGACAUGAACUGCCCCGCGAACAAGCCGGAAACCAAGAAGCCGUGCAGGGAGCGUCCUUGCGUGUCCGCUUGGUUCGUGUCGGACUGGACGUCGUGUUCGCGAUCCUGCGGCAAGGGUGUGCAGAAGCGCGAGGUCCGGUGUCUGAAUCCGGACGGCCAGUUGCCGGAGUCUCAUCAGGUUCACUGCCGAGAGGAAGACCGUCCGCUACCGCGGAGGGUAUGCAACGACUAUCCCUGCAAGGACGACCUGCGCGCGCCGGAGAGCUCUCACAGGGUGCUGCAGAUCCAAGACGAGCCCGAAAUAUCGAACGGUGUUGAGAACAAUCCACUCUGCAAGGACAAGGUACCCAACUGCCACUUAGUCACGCAGGCUCGCCUCUGCUCUUAUCAAUUUUAUCAGGAGUCCUGCUGCCUCUCCUGCUCUCGCGCUAAGCACGAUCUGGAGUAGAAGCACAGCGGCGAUGAGAUGCUCACCCUAUGACCUUGACGCAAGAACCCGCCUGCCGUAGAGUACCUCCGAUUAAUACCGCCGAUGAUCACAAGUCGACUCCUCGCCGUUCACACACACAUACACACACAUUUAUAUACAAUUACAGAUAUAAUUCCUCACGACUUAAUAUUAUACAUAAUGGAUCUCUCUCCUCCGUUUCUUCACGUACGCAUUCUACGUGUGUAGAGGUGUAGGUAUAUGCAUGACGCAAUGUGUAAUUUCAUACGAGGCCCGCGAACACGUCGACACCGUCUGAUAUUGAAUCGAGGAAAAGAAAUUUAAUGAAGAGACUGAUCGCGCGAUUGAUCGCGCGAUUGAUUCGACACACAGCAUUUGGGUCCGAGCUCACAUAACUGUAAACUGUAUACCGAGCAUUAAUAAACGUUGAACGCUUUUUCACACUCCCCCCCCGUUUCGCCUACU